AUGAAGGCCGCCAUCUUCUCCAUCGCCGCAGCCAUGCUAGCCUCCGCCGCCACGGCGACGCCCACUGCCGCCGCGGCCGCCGCGACAUCUACCUGCUUGGCCGACUACAUCGUCCAGACCUGCCUGGGCACUGAGAAUGGGAAACUGGCCAUGUGCUCAACCACAGAUUAUGCGUGUCAGUGUGCCGCGUAUCAAGCCAUCGUGACCUGCUACAACAACUGCCCCGACGACCCAGCCAAAGCAACGAUGGAGGGCCAGGUGACCGUCUUCUGCGGCCUCGCCACGCAGUACGCCUCGUCGACGACCUCCGCCGCCGCCAAGACGGGCGGCAGCAGCUCCGCAUCCGGUGCCCUACAGACCGCGUCGGCCACCACCUCGCCCACGGGCGCAGCGACCGGCACCUCGGCCUCUGCGACCGCCACGCAGACGACCAACGCGAACAGCGGCGCCGAGCUCGCCCUCAACGCGGGCGGCCUGCUGGCUGCGGUGGCGGGUGUGGUUGCUGCUGUGCUGUAA